AUGGCGAACAGUGUACGAAAGAACACUGCGAAGUUGGUCUUCGGACCAGGAAUCAAAGUACCAUCGUACCUGGACGUGCUGAAGUUCUCGAUGGACACCCUGAAGCUGUCUGCAGCGGAUAUCCACAGCAUUUACAAGGACGAGAAUGGCGGCCAGUUUUACGUCAAGCUGAUUGACGAGGAGACUUUCUCGGCGUUCAUCGCCGAAUCGGACGAACACUACCAGUUCAAGUUCGAGGACGGGACAACGGCAAGGGUGGCGGUAGAGCAGGCAUCACGCGUCUUCCGGUACGUCCGGAUCUUCAAUCUGCCACCGGAGAUUGACGACGCCACGAUCCAGUAUGUGCUGGGUCAGUACGGGACCAUACGGCAGCACGUGCGCGAACGUUUUCCCAACGAGCUGAAGGUCAACAUUUUCACCGGUGUACGAGGAGUGCACAUGGAGGUGGCGAAGGAAAUUCCUGCACACCUUUACAUAGGACAUUUCCGAGCCCGCAUCUUUUAUGAUGGGCUCAAAAAUAAGUGCUUUUUCUGCAAGGCAGAAGGGCACGUCAAGCAGAAUUGCCCCAAAAUGGCGGCGAUCUCAACAGGCAGCGGUAGUGGAAGCGGCAGCAGCGGAGGCAGCGGCAGCUCGGCGCCGUCCCUUGGUAGGCCUGCAAAACCGAUCAUCGAUUUCGGCCAGCCGAUCGCUCCUGCGAUGACGUUGCUUAACCAGAAAAAGAACGACGACACACCAAACCCGAUCACGCAUCAACGCAAGCAGAACCUAGCGCCUCCACCACUACAACGCGUGCUGAACGCUUUGCGGCCGGGCGGCGUGAGCGAAGAACACAUCGACAAAGCAGACACCGACGCGAUGGACGCCGAGAUCAGCGAACUCGAUCGCCAGACGUUGCUGAAGCGAACGAAGAGUUCCUCUCCGUUCUCUUCUGAGGGUGAUGCGGAACGCACGCGCCCGAUCGAUGACAUCGUUGUCGUAGGGGACUUCAACUUGCCGAAACUGACAUGGACACCUUCCCGUAACGGUUUCUUGUACCCGGAUCCUGAUCGCUCACAAUUCCAUCCCUGUGCGCGCGAUCUUCUGGCCGGAUAUAACCUGGCCACUCUCCAGCAGAUCAACCAUAUUGAGAACGAAGACGGUCGCCGCCUCGAUCUUUGCUUUGUGAGCGCACAGGAUUUCGCCCCAACGCUAAUCGUUGCCCCGGCCCCGCUUGCUAAGAUCGUCCAUCGCCAUCCCGCGCUCGUUGUCACCAUCGACGGCUGCCACAGCUCUGUUGCUCGAGACCGACCGGACACCGUAUGCUACAACUUCCGAGGUGCUGAUUACGAUGAAAUGUCUCUGGCACUGCGCAACAUCGACUGGGAUAGUUUCUUGGACUCUGUCGACGUCGAUGCCGCGGUCGAUACAUUCUCAUCAAUCCUGCGAGAUCACAUCGAACAUUUCGUGCCUAAGGUCAGGAAGCGUAAUUCCACUCACCUACCGUGGCAAACGCCGGAGCUUUGCAACCUCAAAACCCAGAAGCGAGCCGCUUUCAAGAUCUUCUCUAGGUGUGGAACACUUUCCCUUCGCGAGUACUACUUGAGAAUGAACAGCAAAUACCAGCGUCUGAGUCGCAGUUGUAUGGCAAGCUACCAGCGCAAGAAGCAGCGUGAGCUGAAGGCUAACCCGAAGAAGUUUUGGAAAUUCGUCGACGAGAACCGCAAAGAAUCUGGGCUGCCUUCGUCCAUGCGAUUGGCCAACGAGGAAGCUGAGAGCACUGCGGAAAUCUGCAGGCUGUUCGCCAAAAAGUUUUCGAGUGUUUUUACAAACGAACAUAUCACCGACGACGAGAUCCAAAUUGCUGCCAACAGCGUUCCCCGUUGCGAUCGAUUUCUCCCCAUGAUUGACAUCGAUGACGACGCCAUAUCAGCUGCGAUAACUAAACUGAAACAUUCCAGCUCCCCUGGACCGGACGGAAUUCCCUCGACACUGCUGAAGCGAUAUUCGUCCGCGCUGGUAUCGCCCCUCUUGCACCUGUUCCGGCUAUCCCUCGCCUCCGGAAAGUUCCCGUGUGCAUGGAAGCAGGCCUUCAUGUUCCCCGUGCAUAAAAAAGGCGAUCGAAGGAACAUCGAGAACUACAGAGGUAUCUCGGCCCUCUGCGCUGCCUCGAAACUGUUCGAGUUGGUGGUGAUUGGUCCAAUAUUUGCCCAUUGCCGCCAGGAAUUAUCCAGCGAUCAGCAUGGAUUCUUUCCAAAACGGUCCACUGCCACGAAUCUGCUGUGCUUCAUCGAGUUCGUGUUCGAUAGCUUCGACAAUCGCUCUCAAACUGACGCCGUUUAUACAGAUUUGUCGGCAGCUUUCGACAAGAUUAACCACAGUAUCGCUAUCGCCAAACUCGUGAAGCUCGGAUUCUGUGGCAGCCUGUUGACAUGGUUCAGGUCGUAUCUGUCGGGACGCUCGCUGCGGGUGAAAAUCGAGGACGCACUCUCCGAAAGUUUCGACGCUACCUCUGGAAUCGGUCAAGGCAGCCACCUCGGUCCGUUGGUGUUCUUGUUCUAUUUCAUCGACGCCAACUUCACCUUGAGAGGACCCCAUCUUUCCUACGCAGACGACCUCAAACUGUUCGCCAAGAUCGACUGUCUCGAAGAUGCCGAAGCCCUGCAACGCGAACUGGAUAAGUUCGCUGAUUGGUGUGAGGCGAAUCACAUGGUCCUAAAUCCCGGUAAAUGCCAGGUGAUAACGUUUAGCCGGAAGCACUGUCCGAUACUCUUCAACUACCAUCUUGGCGACACACUAGUGGAAAGAGUUGAUCACGUUAAGGAUCUCGGUGUCAUACUGGACGUUAAACUGACCUUCAAGCAACACGUGUCCUUCAUAACUGCCAAAGCAUCCCGUCAGCUCGGUCUGGUGAUCCGUAUGACACGCCACUUCACCGACAUCCACUGCUUGAAAACGCUGUUCUGCUCGUUGGUCCGGUCCUCGCUCGAAUAUUGCUCGUCGGUUUGGACUCCGCACUACAACAACGCCGUUUAUCAGCUAGAGAGAAUUCAACGCAGGUUUGUCCGAUACGCCCUGAGACUGCUGCCCUGGAGAAAUCCCCAGCAGCUGCCGCCAUACGAAGACCGCUGCCAGCUCAUGCAUCUCGACACUCUCCAGCUGCGUCGUGACCUGGCCCGUGCGUUGACAGUUUCGGACGUUCUGACCGACAGGAUCGAUUGCCCCUCUCUUCGAGAAAAGAUCACCCUAACUGCACCUACCCGCCAGCUACGCCACACGCCAAUCAUGCAGAUCCCUUUCCGCCGUACCAAUUACAGCGCCAACGGAGCCAUCGUCGGACUGAAGCGAGCCUUCAAUAAAGUGUCCUCUGUUUUUGACGUCAGUUUGUCCCGCGAUGUGUUAAAGUCCAAGUUUUUAUCAGUGUUAAGACGAAUGUUCUAG